AUGUUUUGCUUUUCUCCUCUAUUCUUUCUACCCCAUGUUUGUCUUCAUUCUCCUCCACCAUGCUUUCUUCUCCUUUUCUUCCAUGUUUUUCUCCUCUUCUCUCUUCCUUCUCCUCCAUGUUUUGCUUUUCUCCUCUAUUCUUUCUACCCCAUGUUUUUCUUCAUUCUCCUCCACCAUACUUUCUUUUAUAUCCUUGUUCUUCUUGUCAUCCAUGAUUUUCUUUCCUCCUCUUUUCCUUCUCUUUCAUAUUUUACUUUAUUCUUCUACACUUUCUCCUCCAUGUUUUCUUCAUCUCCUCCAGCAUGUUUUCUUUUAAAUCCAUUUUCUCCUUUUCCUCCAUGUUUUCCUCUUCUUCUCUUCCUUCUCCUUCAUGUUUUGCUUUUCUCCUUCAUGUUUUUCUUCAUUCUCCUCCACCAUACUUCUUCUCCUUUUCUUCCAUCAUAUUUUCUUUUCCUUUAUCUCCGUGUUUUUCAUUUCUCCUAUCUUCCUACACUUUCAUCAUGCUUUCUUUUAAAUCCUUUUUCUUCUUUUCCUCCAUGA